GGAUGUUUUUGGGUGGAUUUGGGGAUGUUUUGGGUGGGUUUGGUGGAUUUGGGGUUGGAUUUGAAGAUGUUUUGGGUUUUUUCGGGUGUUCCGGGAGAUUCGGGCUGUGGGCGGGGUUUGAGCCCAGACCACGCCCCCUCCUAACCAAUGACCAAAACAAGCCGCUGCCCGGCGUGGCCCCGCCCCUUCCCCAGGCCCCGCCCCCCGCAGCCGUUAUCCCUUGGCGGGCGAACCCCCCCCUCUGAACGUGACCCCGCCCCUCUCUCCCAUUGGCUUUUCACGCUCCCUCCCCGCCUUCCUAUUGGCCGAGCCGCACGGGGGCGCGGCCGCCCCUCCCAACUCGCCCCGCCAUUGGUCGAGGCGCGGAGCCCAACGUGCGCGCGGCGGUUUGAAGGCGCGCGGGACAAGAUGGCGGCGCUGCCUCAGGCCGGUCCUGCCGCGCUCCCGGGACCGCGCUCGGGUCUCUCGCGGCUGCCGGUGGCCCGGGCCCAGGAGAAGCGGGCCCAGGAGAAGCGGGCUCCGUCGUGCCCCGGCCCCGAGGGCCCGGCGGUGGGGCCUCCCCAGCAGAAACGAUCGCGAACCGGCCUCGGCCCCGGAGGCGCCAAGGCCGCGCCCAAGGCCCCGCCCAGGGUCCCCCUCAGGACUCUGGGGCCCGCGGCGGCGGCGGGGAAGAACGAUGCCACCCGAAAGGCAGCGACAGUGGCGGCUGCUCCUCGGACAGGCUCUGCCACCCGCGCCACAGCCCCCGUGGCCGGGAAGGGGCUCCCGAAGCGGCAGCCGUGGGACCUGCGGGGCCAGGUCGGGGACCUGAGGGAGGCGCUGGGAGAGGCCCAGGGGAGGCUGCAGCACCUGGACACGCAGAAAAGGGAGCUGGAGAGCGGGAACCAACAGCUCAGAGAGCACCUGGAGCAGCUGCAGAGAGAGCUGGGAGAGAGGGAGCGCCGCGAGAGCAGCCUCAGCUCCAGGGUCAGCUCCCUGGAGUCCGAGGUGUCGCAGGUCCGCGCCGAGCUGCAGCAGAGCCGGGGCCGGCUGGAGGCCCUGGAGACGGAGAAGCUGCGCCUGCAGGCGGAGGAGGAGCAGCGGCGGCAGGAGAGGGACGAGGCCCGGGGUCAGGCACGGGCACUGCUGGAGCAGCUGGAGAACACUGAGGCCCGGCUGCAGCAGGCGCAGCAGCAGCUGCAGGCACAGCUGGAACAGCUGGCUGCCCUUCGGGAGCUGGAGGCGUCGCAGCGGGCGCUGCUGGCCGAGCACGAGGAGCGCGUGCACGGGCUGGAGAUGGAGCGGCGGCGGCUGCACAACGACAUCCAGGAGCUGCGGGGGAACAUCCGUGUGUUCUGCCGCGUUCGGCCCGUGCUGCCCGAGGAGCGCCAGCGCCAGCGGGGGCUGCCCCACCUGCACUUCCCCCCCCAGGAACCGCGAAGCCUCGUCCUCACCCGGCCCGACGAGUCCCAGGUGGGGCGGGAGCGGCGCCCGGAGCUGCGCUACGACUUCAGCUUCGACAGAGUCUUCCCUCCUGGGGCCUCCCAGCUGGAAAUCUUCCAGGAGAUCCAGCUGCUGGUCCAGUCUGCCCUGGACGGGUACCCCGUGUGCAUCUUCGCCUACGGCCAGACGGGCAGUGGGAAAACUUUCACCAUGGAGGGCCCGGAGGCGUCGGGGGGCCCCGAGUCCCGCGGGAUGAUCCCCAGGGCCGUGCGUCACCUGUUCCUGGCGGCGCGGGACCUGGCGGGAAAGGGCUGGCAGUAUCGCUUCUCCGCCAGCUUCCUGGAGAUCUACAACGAGGCGCUGCGGGACCUGCUGCUGGCCAAGGGGGAGCACGGCUCCGAGCUGGAGAUCCGCAGGGCGAGCCCGGGCAGCGACGAGCUGCACGUGCCCAACCUCACCUGGGUGGACGUGGACAGCGAGGAGCAGGUGCAGGAGCUGUUGCUGCGGGCGCGCUCCCAGCGCUCGGUGGCUCGCACGGGGCUCAACGAGCGCUCGUCGCGCUCGCACUCGGUGUUCCAGCUGCGCAUCCGGGGCCAGCACGGCGCCCGCGACCUCAGCUGUGCCUCCUCCCUGACCCUGGUGGACCUGGCGGGUUCCGAGCGCUUGGAGAAGUCGGGAUCGGUCGGGAGCCGACUCCGGGAGACGCAGAGCAUCAACUCCAGCCUGAGCGCCCUGGGGCUGGUGAUCAGCGCCCUCAGCAACAAGGAGCCGCACGUGCCGUACCGGAACAGCAAACUGACCUUCCUGCUGCAGAACUGCCUGGGCGGGCACGCCAAGGUGUUGAUGUUUGUGACCAUCUCCCCCCUGGAGGAGAAUUUUGGGGAAUCCCUGAACUCCCUGCGCUUCGCCAGCAAGGUGAACGAGUGCAUGAUCGGCACCGCCCAGGCCAACCGGAAGUGACGCACUCCCUGGCGCCGCUCGCUCCCGCCUUUUUAACGCAACAACCAAUAAAGAUUCGCCUUUACACGAA